GAGGGAACUGUAUACUCUUGAACAGCCAGACAAUCGAUGAUGGACUAUUUUAUCGCGAGACCAAUUUUCUAAUGAGUGUUAAGCGCCAAAAUAUAGUACGUUUUCUAGGUUACUGUGCUAAUGCAGAGAAUAUAGCCUUUAAAGUGAAUGGAUCAGGAAAAUGUGGGAAGUAUUUGUAUCCGGAGAUUAGAGAAAGAUUACUCUGUUUUUGAGUAUAUCAGUAAAGGAAGCCUUCACAAUCAUCUUACUGAUGAAUUAAGAGGACUUGAGUGGCAUACACGUUAUCAAACUAUAAAGGGAAUUUGUGAUGGUCUACAAUAUCUUCACAAGGAAAAGGAUGUUGUUCAUAUGGAUCUUAAACCUCACAAUAUACUGAUGGAUGAUCUCAUGAUACCAAAAAUUACGGACUUUGGUGUAUCAAAACACCUUGAUGGAAUAUCACAAGCUGUUACUGGAGGAUGUCAUGUGUCACUAGGAUAUUGUGCUCCAGAAUAUCUGCACCGUGGCCAGGUGUCUUUCAAGUCAGACAUAUUUAGUCUGGGUGUUAUAAUUAUAGAUCUCGUGACUGGACGUAAGGAGGAUCCUGAUACUAAAAUUGUAAGACUCGUUUUAACUAGGAAUUUCAGAUUUCCUUGUUACCACAACUCCGGAGUUUAG